UGUUACCGUCAGUGUCUGUAUAAGCGUGGCGGUUGAUGUUGCUAGGGAGUGACUCACAAAGAGACACAAUGGAGCGACAAUGACGUUGUAAAUAGCAGAUGCCUGUUCUUGCAGCUCACACAGAGUAUUAUUUAAUGUCACUCAAAUUUUGCCAGUGCAAUGUCAAAGUGUUGUCUUCUUCCGGUUCCUAGCAGCUAACGGUUAUUUUUGUCCGAACGAAUCAGCUUGAAAUAGCCAGUAGCCACAUUAGCAAGCAAGGCACCUGCUGGAGCUCUGCAAUUGGGAUUGGCUGUAUUUGCAUUGCUAGGUAUUAUAGCUACGCAGCUACUGUGGCUAAGAGAUAUUAUGGAGUUUCCAUUUGAUAUUAACCAGUUAUUCCCAGAGAGGGUCUCCGUCUUGGACCAGGCCCUUGUUGCUGGUCGUAAAUCUGCAGGAAGGCCAGAUCUUCAAGCCCACAUAGCCACAGUUAUCGAUGAACUUGGGAGAGCCUCCGCAAAGGCCCAGCAGCUGACAGCAUCCAUAACAAGUGCUUCCAAGCUGCAGUCCCAGAGGCAUGAGGUCUACCUGCUGAAGGACGGAGAGAGAAAUGGAGGACGUGGUGUAGUUGUGGGAUUUCUCAAGGUCGGUUACAAGAAGUUAUUUCUGCUUGACAGACAAGGUGUGCACAUAGAGGCAGAGCCGCUGUGUGUUUUGGAUUUUUACAUAGCAGAGAACUUGCAGCGACAUGGCUACGGGCUGGAGCUGUUUGAUUUCAUGUUGCAGCACAAGAAUUUAAAGCCGGUGCUGAUGGCUUAUGACAGGCCCUCGCCCAAAUUCCUGUCUUUCCUGGCAAAGCAAUACUGCCUGACACAAAGUGUUCCUCAGGUCAAUAACUUUGUGGUGUUUGAGGGCUUCUUCCUCAACAGAUCAGUGGCCCAAUUGAGAAAGGUUCCCCUAAGAAAGCCGGACGGAGAGAUCAAACCCUACUCUUUAAUGGAGAGAGAAGUGGUACGUCAGGAGCAGAUGGUUCCUCCCUGGCCGUUUGCCCCUCCUCACUCCCCCCAGCGGUCGGUAUUCUCCCAGUACUCCCACUCUCUCAGCGUGGGAUCCUCCCCCACCAGAGCACCCCUUCAAGCCGCCCCAGCAUCUGCCCCUGGGGGCAACAGGGACCAGAGCCCACAGUCCCCUCUCAUCGAGCGCUGCAGGGCAAGACGCAGCAGCCAACAGGGUCUAGUUGCAAGAUGCAGCCUCUACAGUCACCACAUGGACAGCAAAGCUGUAGGACUGCUGGACAGACACUUGCCAGGUCCGAGACCAGUGGGGGAUCAGUCAUACGCACUUGGAUAUACAGACAAACACAGGUUGGCCAGUAUUCACAUACCACAAAGCAGAUGCCAGCCUGUCUCACUUCCACCACUGUCUGCAUCCAAGAACAAUGCCAUCUGCAGCCAGACCUCCAUAGGCAACAGAGAGACACAGCUGGAUACAGAUGCUGAAGUCUGUGAUGUUGAGGAGGAGAUCAGAACAUUGAGCAGUCCACAGCGUCCAGCGGGAGGCCUGGUGGUCAGUCAGAGACAUCUGUUGGAGAAAGAGAGCGACAGAAGCAGAAGAGGCUGGUCCUGGACUGUGGGAGAGAACUGCUACACUGCCCAGUGGGUGAAGCACAAGCAGGAAUACAGGAGCACCCGUCCCUGGUGAUGGCUGGUGGGGUUCUAGUUCUGUUAUGAUUACCAAAUUAAACAUUAUUUCUGUGUCAGUGCAGAAAAUUUAAUUCAGUAUUGAAACUUAGAGCCAUUCAAUGCUUUCUGACAAAUGUUUUCUGAAAUGAUAUGCAGUGAUUCGCUCAGUGGUGUUCAGUAUAAUUGGGCCUCAUUCACAAACUGUGUGUACACACAAAUCUGUGCUUAAACCGUUUAUGCAAACGUUUUAAGCACAAAUCCGGGAUUCAUCAAUAUAUUCUUACCUGAAUUUGUUCUUAGUCUGUGAACAAAUUUAGAACUGCCUUAGACCAUGCAUAUGCACAAAUCAUAAACAUCCCAUGGUCUUAAAAAAUGAUAUGGUCAAUAUUUAUUAAAUCCAAACAGUAUAUUAGAACCACAACUAAAAAAUGAUUGGAUACAACACUUAAAAGUGUGAAAUUGCGAAUAAUACACAAUGUAUUUACUUAUUAUAAAAUAAAUAAAAUUAAAAGAUGAUGUAAUCCAUAAAUCAUCAUCAUAAAUGUAAUGGAAUUACAACAGACAUUCCUUAUAUAGAGAAAUGGGGGCAUAGUAGUAUGCUAAUUACUGAUAGUGGGCAUACACCUGUCAAUUUAGAAUGAUUCCUAUUCACUACAUAUGCACAGUGGUAAGAUCAUAAUUCGCCAGUGCGCACGUGUCAUGAAUCUGAUGGUAAUUUUGCAUGUGCACUUAUUUUGUGCGAAAAGUAAUAACAUUUCUACGCACAUAUUAGUGAAUGGGGCCCAUUGAUCCUUCUUGGACAAAUGCUUUCAAACCUCACAUCAGGGCCCAAACUCUUCAGUAGAAAAUAAGUCCCUGCAGUCAUUGUUGGAAGGCACUGCUGAUCUGUCUGGUUUAAAAGGAGAAAUGUAAUGUCUGUCUAGGUUGGUGUCCAAGAUGAGGUAUUGAUCAGUCCAACUUAACUGGUUGAGCAAAUCACUUAGAAAGAACUCAAAAACUCAGACACCAGCCAAUGUGUAAAGCCAUUGUGGGAACAUACUGACUAGAUGGUUUUAGAUCUUUGCCAUGGUAUCACAGCAGGAUUGAAGUGGAAGAACAUAUUCAUGGUUGCUGCUAAAGGCCUCAGUAAGCUUCAAACAAGUAAGCACUUGCGUCUGAAAUCCCCUUUCCAACGGUAGAAUUGGAGGUCUGUGUCUGACAGUUUUUGUCACUUUCUGAAACACCUUAAGAGCCUAAGCCACUGUUGCUAUGGAGAAGAAGCCAGUCAGAGGUUUGAAUCAGUGCUGUAGUGAUUUCAGAAAGCUUCAUCAUGGCAUUUGGGAAGAAAAUACUGCACAAUAGUUGCAGAAUUCCUCCAAAAUUGAAUCCAAAAUUGAAUACAUUUAGAACUCUGUCUGCUCCAAACAAAGUGCUUAUUGGAUCAUUUAACAGCGUCUGCAACCUCAUUUCCAACAGAAGAUUUUCAGGAAGGGUUCUGUCCAACAAUAUUUGUAACUUUCUGAUAUAGGGCUGCAACUAACGAUUAUUGUCAUUAUUGGUUUUUGCAUCAGUUAGGAGCAUAUGAGAAUGAGUAUGCUUCAGACCACUUAGUAGUUCACAAAAAUGACAAAAAGACAGGUUUUCCAUUUAGUGCUAGUAGUUCAUAGUCAUGAAACUACUUUAUACCCAAAAAUAGUCCUAAUGAAAGCUGCUGAAUAUGAGGAGAAAUCCCAUGCAUUUCCAUUCUAUUUGGGUGGAGACACAAGUUUCCGAGGCAGAUAUCCAAAACCUCAUCUCCAUGGCAAUACACCACUUGGGAUGAGUGAGAAAUAUUUUUCUUUGUAUGCUGGGUAAAUUGACCCUUUAACUUGACUUCCCAAACAUGAGGAACUGCUGCUUAUCAUAUGUCAACAUCUUUGUGCUUAUACCCAUAAUCCUAUUUUGAGUCAUUUCCUUGGGUUGUCUGUAAUCAGUUCAAACUGCUGAGCUGUUCUGCUCAAACUGCUUCUGGUGCUGUUUUAGACACAAGUUUAUCCAGGAUAUUUUGAUUACACUAAGUGUUCACUCUGAUCCUGGAAUUCCUGCUUUGUUUUGGAGGUUUUCAGAGGAAAAAUGAGGAUCACUUCAGAGAGACCACCUUCAGAAACCAGACCGAAAAACAACAUUAACAAACAUUAACUCAAGUUCCGGAAGUCCUGAGGUGCAUACUGUGAUGUUUUAUAUUACAUUUCUAUCAGUAAUAAAUCCUGAGGUGCAUACUGUGAUGUUUUAUAUUACAUUUCUAUCAGUAAUAAACUACAAAAGCUGU